AUGGCCACCCAGGAAUAUGCGAGAACUCUUAAUAAAUUCAAAAAAGAAGCAGAUCUGUUAGAAAAAGAAAAACAAAGGAAUUUCUAUAGCUCAAAAAUGCUAGCUGAAGAAAUAGCUGAGCUAGAUUCAUUAGAAAAAUCGUUAAAAAGCCAAAGAUGCAGCAACUCCUACAGUUUUUUCCAAUCAAUUGAGCGAAUUAAAAGAAUUGUCCAAGAAGUUUCUUAUAAAAUCAAAGGGUUUAUAGAAAAAACAAAUGCAGAAGGAGCUUAUAUAGACUAUGAGUCUAUGGUGCAGAUCUUACAAAAGGCGGCUGACUCAGUCGAUGCUGAGCUAAAAGAAUUCAAAGCAGCUAAUCGCAUUGACUUUGAGAACCUUGCACAAGAAGAAAAAGCCUUAUCAACCGAAAUAGACCAGCUAGCAGAGAAGUUUGAGCAGUGGGAAAAUGAGCCAUCACAAACAAUUAUCCUUAUCUAAUUAAAUGUAAUUUUUCUUAAAAAAUUGAACUUUUAAUAGAAAAUUUUUAUUAUUAGGUAUAUUUCAAAACCUACCAAAACUUUAAUUGAAGGAAUUGACGCACCUCCUAUGCUGCAAGAAGUUAUGGCAAUCGAUAAACAAAUAAUUGAUAUGGGAGGGAACUCUUUAGGCUGGGACGAAGCAGACCAUCAAGAAUUCAUGAAGCUUAGAACACAGCACAAAGGAAAACAAACCAUCGGGUUUUUCCAAGCCGCCCAAAAUUUGUUGCCUACAAUGGAUCAAGAAAGCAUCAAAAUCCAUUGUAAAAAGUACGAAGAGUGGAUCUGGUUAAAAUGGCUGGGUCUGCCUGGUUCUAUGGCUCUACUUGGCAGUCCGGUUCUAUCUGGCUCUACUGGCAAUCUGGCAAUCUGGCCGCCAGACUGGCUCUACCUGGUUCUAGUGGCAGUAUGGCAGUCUGACUCUACCUAGCUCUACGAGCUAUGGCAGUCUGGCUCGAUUUCAAGCUAUAUAGGGAUUUUCAUGUGUUGGUAGUGUUUAGUGACGAUAAUCAUCUAAGACUAAAUCAAAAAUAAAUAUCUUUAGUUAAAAUCCUUUAUUUACUUGGCUUGUGCAUUUUUAAUUAAUAGAAUUAAAAUUGUUUAGAGAGUUUAAGAAUAUUUAUAUUGCUUUAAAACUUAUAUCUAUUGCUAGAUUUAAAGAAUUAAUCAAAUUUUUAUUAAAAUACGAAAUAUGCCUUUUUUAUAUGGCUAUAAUUUCUUUCUAAGCCUUUAUAUCUUUAUUUUCUUAUAAUUUAAAAAUAUUUAACAAGGUUUAUCAUUUUAAUUUAAAAUGCAAUUGAUGAUAAAAUAACUUUAUUUUAUGAAUGAUUGCAAUCAUAUAGCUUUUUGAUGGAAUCAUUAUUUUGUUUACUAUUAGCGAUGACCCCCCCCUCAAUCUUCAUGUCUAUUGCAACAAAAAUGCAAUUUUUUAAUAUAAAAUUUUAUAUAAACAAAUAAUAAUUUUCAUGUCUCUUGCAACAAACUAUAUACAUUAAAAUGGCGACACUUGCCAACCUGCCCUCUUGGCGCAGCAGUCCAGACCUUAUGGCUACGGCGAACUGAGACGGACUCCUAGCCGAGAAUCAGACGCAGGCUCAAGAAGUGUGUAUCCGGGUAGGUUUUGGCUGCUUUCCUGUGGUUGGAAAUGGAGGUGCUCAACAACGUCCUUUGGAUACAAGGACCCAUAGGUAUUCCUCUAAUGAGAAACUUGGGGUUUCGGCCCAGGCCACAGGGAACAGUCUCUUUCCUGAAGCUGUCGAAGGAAGGCACUUUGAUACCCGAUAGAUUCCAAGGAGCUGAUCCUUGGAAUCAAUCUACUCCAAUCUCCCGCAGCAGGGCCGCAGAAAUCCAUAAGGCGCCCACUCAAGACUGAACCCGCAAGGCAAGGAGGAGACAGAAGAUGCCGGAAGGGCACUCCUAAGAAGGAAAGACCCUCUCGUCUGGAGUCGAAAAGCGGUAGAACCUUCCGUAAGGGAGGUAUUUGGUGACUGCGCCUGACUUUAAUAAUCGUAAUCUGAUCCUCUUGCAACAAAUUUUCGAUGUGUAUCUUAAAUUUUUCCGUACUUUUUAGCUAGAUAAGUUUAAUAAAAUGGCGAGCGAUGACAAUAGCCGUCUAAAUCUCGAUGAGAAGGUCAUUGACACGCCUACAGCAGCGCUGUUUUAUUUUUUUUUUGAGAAACUCACCUAGAGAAAAAUGCAUUAAUUUUUUUUUUAUAAAAAAUGCUGUGUUGCAGUAUGCAUGAAGAUUUUUUCUAAAAAUUUUUGUUGCAAUAUAGACAUGAAGAUUGAGGGGGGGGGUCAUCGUUAUGAUAAUAUUAUGAUUUAUUUUUAGUAUUAAAUCCUUUUUACAAUUUAUCACAUUUUGUUACUUAAUAAAUCACCUAAUUACGUUAUAGACUUGACAAAUUAUAUAUAUAUUGACAGUAAAUGCAAUAUAUAUAGGAUUUUUUUUAAAGUAUCAUUCUCUGCGAAUAUUGCUAUCACAGGUUAUUGCAUUUUUAUUUAACAUAUCAUAGCGCAAUUAAUUAAACUGUUGCUUUCAAGGCCCUAGAAAAUUUUCUUUGAUAGAGCCAGCAGAGCCAGAUAGAGCCAGACUACCAGGUAGAGCCAGACUUCCAGACUUCUAGGUGGAGCCGGAUACCAGACUGCCAAAUAGAGCCGGACUGUCAGGUAUAGCCGAACUGCCAGGCAGAGUCAAAUAGACCCAGCAGGUUUGACCAUGAAUCAAGCUGAACGAAAAGAAAAAAGAAAUCCUCGCUAAAUGGAGAGAAGAAAAGAAAAAGCGAAAAGAAAGCCAAACCAAGCUUAUAGAUAUCGAGCCAGCCAAGCCAAAACCUGUAAAAAGGCCUCAAAGUGCUUUUGAAACCCAAAAAAAAAUCGAAGAAUGAAGACGCCAGCGAGAUUUACUUCGAACAGAAAAAGAAAAAGAAGAAAAAUCGCAGUUUCAGCGGAAAAAAGAGGAGGAAGAAAAGCGAAAAAUGGAAACAGAAAUAAAAAAGCAGCUGGUAAAUGAGUACAAAGAACGAAAAGAAAUAGAAAAAGCUCAGCAAUACAUGAUCCAAAAUUACCAGAAAAAGCGAAAUACAGUAGAACUGUCUGAAGAAGACAAAAUCAGACUUAAAGAAAGAGAAGACAAAUUGACCAAAAAGAAGCAGGAAAAACUAUUAGAAGAACAAAAGAAAAAAGAAGAAAAAGAAAGACGAGAAAUGAUGAUAAAAAUGAAAACCAACGCCCAAUGGUCACAUUUGGACUCUAGACUUAACCAAGAAACAGUCGCCACAGUUACCAGAAAAGAAGCCCAAAGAGCAGAAGUCCACGCUGACACCUUUGGAGGGGUUUUAAUUCAUAGGCCAGGCCGAGCGAUCCCAAGCUGGAGAGCUGGCAUUUCUUCAUAA